GAAGGCGCUGCCCGCAUGGCCGCGGGGGGCGGCGGCAGGAAUGUGCCCGUGGGCACCGCCGAGCGCGGCCCCCACGACGGCAUGAGGCGCGAUGGAGACCCGUACUGGUCCAGGCCCGAGUCCCGUGUGUGGACGGUGAUGCUGCUGCUGGGGACGUGCCUGCUGUACUGUGCCCGUGUCACUGUGCCCAUCUGCGCCGUCGCCCUCAGCUCCUACUUCGACUGGGACAAGAAGCAGUCUGGGGUCGUGCUCAGCAGCUUCUUCUGGGGCUACUGCUUGACACAGAUCAUCGGAGGACACAUCAGUGAUCAAAUAGGAGGUGAGAAAGUCCUCCUCCUCUCAGCAUCAGCCUGGGGGUUCCUCACAGUCCUCACCCCGGUGCUCACCCAUGUCACUUCUGCCCAUCUUGUUUUUAUGACCUCCUCCCGGUUCCUCAUGGGGUUGCUGCAAGGGGUGUAUUUCCCAUCCUUGGCCAGCCUGCUGUCCCAGAGGGUCCGGGAGAGCGAACGAGCCUUCACCUACAGCACAGUGGGGACUGGCUCACAGUUUGGGACACUGGUGAUUGGUGGUGCAGGAUCCCUCCUCCUGGACUGGUAUGGCUGGGAAAGCGUUUUCUACUUCUCCGGUUUGCUCACUUUGCUCUGGGUUUACUGCACCUGCAAGUACCUUCUGAGUGAGAAAGAACUCAUCAUCCCCAUAGACUAUUUAACAAGAGGCCUCUCGAUACCCAAGCAGACCAAAGUUCCCUGGAAGCAGCUGUUUAGGAAGGCACCGAUAUGGGCUGUCAUCAUUGCUCAGCUCUCCACAGCCAGCACAUUCUUCACUCUCCUCUCCUGGCUGCCAACUUUCUUUAAGGAAACUUUUCCUGAGUCAAAGGGUUGGGUGUUUAAUGUAGUCCCCUGGCUGGUUGCAAUUCCAACAAGCUUGUUCAGUGGAUUUCUGUCUGAUCAUUUAAUCAGUCAAGGGUACAGAACCAUCACCAUUCGUAAGUUCAUGCAGGUCAUUGGCUCUGGCGUCUCAAGCGUUUUUGCUCUGUGUCUGGGCCAGACCUCCAGUUUUUGCAGAGCAAUAGUGUUUGCCUCCGCCUCUGUUGGACUCCAGACCUUUAACCACAGUGGCAUUUCAGUAAACGUGCAGGACCUGGCCCCCUCGUGUGCUGGCUUGCUCUUUGGGGUUGCAAAUACAGGUGGAGCCCUCCUAGGUGUCAUUUGUGUGUACCUGGCUGGUUACCUGAUUGAAACGACUGGCUCCUGGAUUUCUGUUUUCAACCUGGUGGCUGCUGUUAACAGCAUUGGGCUCUGUGUAUUCCUCCUGUUUGGAGAGGCCCAGAGGGUGGACACAGACUCUGCUUACGUGGAUCUCUAGGGAUGAGCCCAUCGAGCAGCUGAAGGACAGGAGAGUGUCACGUCUAUGUUGCACAAGUGCCAAAGAACAUUUUAACUUUUUUUUAGGUGUUUUAAUGGGGAAAAAAAUAUGCUGAAACCAAGUACAUAGUGGGUCUGGAUGGAACCCAUGACAGAAAAAAAUGUGGAGUUUAUUUUUUGCUCAGGGUGUAGCUGGUGGCCUGCAGAGCCAUCCAGCUCAACAUCUCCAGUGAGGAUAUGGUCUGUGGGACCAGUUUGUCCCAGUUUGUGUCCGGUGGACAAAUAUCCAUGUGGCCAAAGGAGGGUAC